AUGGCCGAGGUCGACACCAGCGCCAUCGCAGAUGAGUCCUUCGCGCACUCCGAAGUCCCCGACGACCAACCCACACCACACCCCAACACCAACGGCACACCUACUACCUCUAAUAAUAACACCAAUAAUGAUAAUUCCGCCGCGACUCCCUCCACAGCCAACGUCACGGUCGGCACAAGACGCCAGGCCAAUGGCACCAUCGGCUCCGUCUACUCGGGCAACAAGAUCAAGCACCUCAAGAAGGAAGAUGGCAUUCCGCUGUGGCGCAAGGACAUCCAGUACCAGUUUCUGAAGCUGGUGUUUGAGGACCGGACGAAGGUGUUUACGCGGCAGUCGGAUGGGCAGAAGGGGAUGGAUUUUGCGGAUAUUUAUAUGGAUGCUAUGGCGAGGAGUAGCAAAACAAGCAAGAUCUUGAAGGAUAAGUUGCAGAAUGAUAAACCGGCUGCUAUUAGUAUGGCUAUGGUUUGUUUGUUGGUGAACUUUGGGAGGAUGAAUACUACGCUGAAUUUCUUCCCUGAAAUGCGUGCCCAGCUGAGAACCUACCACUCCAUCCCUUCGUUACAGGCACAUCAAGAUCCCCAUGCGUACAAGCAGCUACAAGAUGCUCCGCGUCUCAAAUCGAUCCUCAAAGGUGCGUCGGAAGACUUCGACCAACCCAAUACCCUCGAGAAGAUCAGGCGACAUGCGGUCCCGCGCACCAACCCCGUCAACCUCAUCUUCAUCCUAGCCCAGUACGCCCCCAAAGUCUCCGAAUUGCACUUCUUCCCGCCGCGCGACUUUUUCGACCUCGUUAUGCGAUCGACCCUGAGUAGCGCUAGUCGUGCGAGGGCCUUCCUGUGGCUAAUGUGGUGGUAUCUCGAGAGCGACUUUAGCGCUGAGGCAGCAUUGAAUAACCCGUUUGGGGCUGGACAGGAGGGUGAGGGGACUGAUGGGUUGCCGAUCAAGGUGCCUGAUUUUGAAAGCCUUACGGAGGAGCAGGCGAAUGAGGAGAAUAUUGAUACGCCGGAGGAGUUGGAGUUUGGGGAGAUUAAGCGGUUGGAGCGGAAGCGUAUCCUGGAGGAAGACGAGCCACUGCCUCGUGUCAACAAGCGCUCGAAGAAGGAUGUCUAUGACGAUGACCAGGCGUCUGGAGUGGGCCGUUCCGGCGUUUCGACUCCACUGCACCCAUCAGCCAGACACGAUGAAGAGGACGACCAUACACCUGGGCAAUUCGCCCAAUCGCGGUCGAAACGACCCAAACGGGAGGGUUCUCCCGACCGUUCAGUUGGUCAGCAGCGCCUAAUUCUGAAGACAAAGGGAGAACAAACUCCCGAUGCUUCCUCGCCAGCUCCAUCUAGUUCCAACGCAGUGGUAAACCGGUUUGUGAAUGAACCGGCUGGACCCCAACCAACUUCGUCCCGCCGCCCCCGACCCUUAACACAGCACCAGAUCGCCGUCGAACAGAACCGUCGCGAGCGCAUUGGGUACCUGCUCUCGAAGCGCAAGGACGAAGCACACAAAAAGCUCCGCAUCCAGCGCGAAAGCGAAAUCCCCCUAGCCCGCUCCGCACGUCUCAUCACUGGCCUCCCAGACGGCUACGACAGCGACGAUUCCCGCGCCUGGGGUCCAGGCGGUGUCAUCCUCAACCCCUGGCGCCGAGAAGACUACGGCGAAUGCCCCAACUUCUACCUGUCCGCGAUCCGAAAGGCUACCCGUCGGCUUGACAGAUGGGACUACGACAACGCCAACGGCCCCAAGCGAGACCGGAAGAAGGAGCGGGAAGAGCGUCAACGCGCGAAACAGCAAGCCAUCGAAUUCGACAACGCCCUUUCACAUAGCAAAUACCUCACAGCGCAAAAACGCGCCCGUGCAACCCGCGAAGCAAGAAAGAAGGCUCAGUCAGAGGUAGCAGAACAGAUCAUAACACAACAUGAAGCGGCCAGAGCUAGUGCUGCGGCCGAAGGUCAGGUUGAUGCCACGCCGACUACAACGCCCGCGGCUUUCCGUUCCAAGGGCACCAAGGCACGUACUCCAGCCGCGAAACCUACCUCUGCGCCAUUAGCCGAAGACGCGAUGGACGAAACGUUGGAUGAUAUUGACCGCGAACUUCUUGGCGAGGACCAGCCGGCGGAGGCUGGGAUGGAUGAGAGUUUUGUUGGGGAUGUUGAUGGUGCGUUGUCAUCUGAUGUUGAUGCGGACGAGGAGGAUCUUGAUGAGGCGGAGGUUGAUGUUGAGGGGGAUGACCAUUCGUCGGCCUCAGAUGGCGAGGGUGAUGAUGUUCGUAAUGGGGAUGUAGGGAGUGAGGUUUCGUCUGCUGUUGGUGAGCCAGCACCAACGGGACCGGUUUGA